GAUUAAAAGAUGUAGUUAUUUCUUUUCCACCUUUCAAGUAGGACCCAUUAUUUGCAUAACUUCGUAGAACAGAAUCAACUGAAUCAAGGCAAGUCUUCUAUAGUCCCAUGUCCCAUCUUCUUCAAUGACCCUUUUGUCAUCACCAAUUUCUGCUACUCUUAACACCUAAUCAACCAAAAUUUAGCCAUUUCCAAGAAUCUUGCCAAUUGAUCAGGUGAUUAGACUUGCAUUUCCAGAACCAAACUAUUAGAUGAUAGCGUAGUAUCCAGAUCCAAUUGAAUAUGAAGAGAGAGAAUUGCGACUCUAGUUACGGUCUUUCAUAUAUCAUGCACUGAUCAACAGAUCUUUAGAUUGGCUCUGAUGGGUUCCAACAGGAGCUGGUGUACUAUCUGGCUGGUUCUCUACUUGUUCUUCAGUUCAUCAGUCCACAGCUAUGAUAAUUUUGCCCGUGAAUAUUUAGAUGGUCUCCUUCGGGAUCUUGCUCUCAACGCGUUAAUCCAACACCGAUCUCACACUGGUGUUCUACAAAAAGUCACACUGCCUGCUAAUCUAUCAGGCAUGGAAGUUUCGGUUGUACGGCUUCGAAGCAGGACUUUGUGGAGUAGUGGUUGUAACGUUGGCGAUUUUCGCAUCCCACCAGGAUCUCUCCCAAUGCCUCAUGUGAGGAGAGUUGUUCUAGUCUUCCAAGAUUUGGGCAACUGGUCUUCUUACUACUACAAUGCGCCAGGUUACACACUGUUAACUUCUGUGGUUGGCUUCAUGGUUUACACUGCCCCAAAUUCAACCUAUAAAGAUUUCAGUAAGCUCGGAAUUGACACAAUGGGCAACGCCUUAUCGAUUCAUUUCCCCAAUUUUACAGUCCCGGUUGCAACAAGAACAACAUGUACUGGUUUUAAUGGCAGCGGGACAGUUUAUCUUAGCGAUGUGAGUUCCCCAAAUGUAUGUUACAGUAGAAGUGAGGGUCAUUUCGCGAUCAUUGCUCCAUUGAAGAAGAAGAAGCAGAAGGCGUGGGAUUUGCGGGCGAUUAGAUUUAUGAUGAUGGGAUUUGUUGGGGUGGUUGUGGUGAGUAUUGUUGGGGUGGUACUUGUCAAGCUCUCGAAAGAGAAGAAAAUCGACGAAAUGGAAAGACAAGCUGAUGAAGACGUGGUUCUUGAAACAAUAUGGCUUGGUACCACUAAAAUGCCUUCUGCAACUGUUACAAGAACUCAUCCAGUCCUUGAGGAUUAAGUGUUCCAUAGCUCUUUUAUGUUUCCAUUUCCCUUUUUGGUCUCUGGCAGUGGCGGUUUGUUGUUGAUUGUUCUUUUUAUAUUUAUUUUUUUUUCAGAAUAAACAAUCCCUCUAAGGUACUAUCAGGUUAUAGUUUGGAACAUUAGAGAGAGAGAGAGAGAGAUAGGGCUGUCAAUUAAAGGGAUGUUACAGGUGUUUACUUCAUAUGUAAAGAAUGAAUCUUAGCAGCAAGAUUUGUUUGGAGUCACUUUGAAAUUUUGUAUGUGACUUAUAGCAACACAAACAAUUUUCAUUCAUAUAAAUGAUAUCUGAUCAUAUAAUCAUGAAGCAGUUGCAUUUUCACACACAUACACAGUGAGAGAGAGAAGUCUAAAUAACUGUGUAUAUGAACAUUUGAAAA